AUGCCCGGGUCCGGACGCGCCCCCGCCGCCGAGGCCCCGGACCCCCUGGCUCACGAGUUCGAGUUCUGGAUGCGGAAAUUGGUGGGGCCCGAGGGGGAGCAGGAGGCGGAAUUCCAGGACGACGUCGCUCUUCACCUCCCUCGACUCCGGGAAUUCCUACGGCAGGUUUCCGCAGCGCUGCGGCUCACCGUAAGCGGGUUUUUCCUCUUCCUGCUGGGGGAUGAGGACGAUCGGUCGGUUCAGAUAAUGAGGACGAUGACGAUGACGAACGCCCCCCUCGCCAUCCAGAGAUUCCCGUUAAUUUGCCAGUUGCUGGGACGACUUUGCUGGAAUCCAAGCGUCAUAGGAUGCGACGAGAGCCAGGAGGCCGUCCUGGCCUGCCUCAGCCACCUCUUCUGCCCCGACCCGCGGACCCCGCUGGAAUUCAGAGUCAACAACUGGAUCCGGGGCCUGCUGUGUCACCUGCUGUCCUCCCCCGACUCGGAUCUCCUCGAAGCGGGCUCCUUCCUUCCGGCCCUGGGAUUCUCGGCCCCCGAAUACGCCCCGACGCUGCUCGCGCACCUGGUGACCUCGCUGGUGGACGAACUCACAGGGAAGAGUCUCGACGACUUCGAGGCCCCACCGUGCCCCAGCGCCGAGAGAGUCCGCGUUCUGUCCCUGCUCUGCGUCCCGCUGCUGACCCUGCCGGACGUGGCCCCGCUCCUGGAGGCCCUCCUCACCCACGACUCCGGCCACGCCACGGAGAUCCUCCCCAUCCAGUUUCUGGAAGCCGCCAACGAAGCCCUGAUGCGGAAGAAGACGUCCCCGUCCAGGCGGGCUGUCGUCGGCCUCUGGCUCCGCCACGUGCCGGGCCUGGAACGAGCCGCCGUCCGCCUGCUCCGGGACCUCCUGACCCGGCCCGGGGCCUUGCCGGAGCAGCUGGAGACCCUCGCCCUCCGAUCCAUGCUGGUCAAUCCGCCCCUCUUCCUCCCCGGCCGGCGCGCGCCGCGGGCGGGGCGCUGUGCUGAGCGCCCGGGACGGUCCGGGGCCACCGCGGUCCCCGCCCGCGACCCGCUGGGGGGGCAGAAAAAUCAAUCGCCCCAAGCAUCCUCCCACCCUGCCAUCUUCAGAAUCGUGGAUGACGUCUUCAGGCAGGCGCUGCUGGAGUCCGACGGGGCCCCGGAGGUAGUGACCGCUCUCCAGGUCUUUACCCGGUGCUUCGUGCAGUCGCUCCGCGAAGACGGCGAGCAGAGGAGGUGCCCGCUGAAGGCCUACUUCCCCCACGCUCCGCCCUCCCUGACCGCGGCCCUGUCCAGGGACCCCGAAGAAGAAAGAGGAAGAGAAGAAGGAAGAGAAGCAGGAGGAGGAGGAAGAGGAGCAGGCAGGGAGUGGGAGAGCUGGUUUCUGCUGGUCCACUUUGGAGCGUGGGUAUCGGCCGCUGCCCGGCAGGUGCUGAGUCCGGGGGCCGGGUGCCCCCGCGCGUCCCUCUGGCUCCUGGCCUUCUACCACAGCCCCCCGGCCCCGGACACGCCCCCUCGGAGGGCCCGCGUUCUGGCGGAAGCCCGGUCGCUGCACGGCCGCCUCACCCUCCUGGCGGGCCGCCCGGCCCUCGCCGUCCACGAGCUGCGGGCCGCCCUGAGCGCCGCGGGGGACGGACCCGGGCCCCGGCCCGCCCGGCAAGUCGCCCGCCACCUCCUCCUCGCCUUCCUGCUCCUCGCCCCCGCCGGGCGCGAGGUGGCCGGAGAGGCCGUCGCGGAGGUAAGCGGGCCCCCUCCCGCCCGGGACCAGGGGCCGUCCUCGCCCCUCGCCCCGGGAGAAGAGAGAUCCGGGCGGAGGAUGGACCGGAGGCGGGGGGGGUCGGCGAGGAGGGUCUGGAGGGAUCGUGGAAGAUGAGGAUAGUCGUCUGCGAGGCGCUUACUACGUGUCGGGCACCGCGCCGAGCGCCGGGGGAGAUCCGAGCUAAUCGGGUCACGGUCUUCACCCCCGUUAUCCGGGGCGGGGGGAAGUGAGGCCCAGGGAGGCGAAGCGCCUCGCCCGGGCCCACGAGCGGAGG